CUAAAAGUCACACGGGUAACUUGUCACAAAGUUUAUAUCACUUAAUAGAUUGAGUGGAAUAUAUUCUUCAUAGUGUACGUUGCUCUUAUCGUGUUAGUCGGGUGUACAAAAUAGCUCGCUUCAAAAACAUCGCAUGUGAUAUUUACGAGCACUUUUUAAAAAUUGGAGGUCAUCUGCUUUUUAGCUAAACUAGUGUAUACACUACUCUGUACUCAAGUACAAUAGGUAUAUGAUGGUAUUGAUAUUUGGCAAAGGAAGAAGAGAAGUUUUAGUGCAGUCUAGUGCAGCAAAAGAAAAAAACUAUUUGCGGAAUGGAUUAUUUGCUAUAUCAAAUAUACACUUUUGAAAAUAAGCGCAUUGCAAUAUUGCUCAAAAUUUAAUUGCAAUAAAUAUUUCUAAAAUGAAGCCGAUUGCUGAAACGAUAUUUUGGAUAAGCUUUUUAUACAUCGCGGCACCAGUAAAAACUGCAAGGAUCUUGGUGAUUGUUCCAAUACCAUCCUACAGUCACCAAAUUUGUUAUCAAUCAUUAUGGAUCGCUUUGAGCCAAAGAGGACACGAAGUCGUCCUUAUAACAACAGAUCCGAUCAAUGAUCCUAGUUUAACCAAUUUGACAGAAAUCAACCUCCAAUCUAACUACCACAUAAUAAAAUUAAAUUUUGCCAAAAACGUUAUAGCGGGGACUCAUGCGUGGUUAAGUACAUCACGCACACUACUAUGGCCUAUGAGUGGAGAUAUAGCAGAAAACACUUUUAAGCAUCCAAAAGUACGUAAGAUGUAUGCACCGGAUAGUGAUGAAAAAUUCGACUUAGUAAUUGUAGAAACUGUAAAAAUACCUAGCUUCUAUGCCUUGGCGCAUAGAUUUAAUGCACCUCUCAUAGGUGUGUCAUCAUUUGGAUUGCGUAAUACACUUUAUUAUCUACUCGGUGCACCUGUUCUGUCAUCACAUCCUUCGAAUUGGGAAAUGGAAGAUGACACCGGUUUAAAUCUGUCAUUGUGGCGGAGGAUAAAAAAUUUUAUUCGUCAGUGGUAUCACAUAUAUUGCUCAAUAAAUUAUUUUUACCCUAAACAACAAGCGAUAGCAGAAAAAUAUCUCGGAAAAAAUAAUAUACCAGACAUAAGAGAUAUGGAAAGAAACAUGAGUCUUGUUUUCCACAGUCAACAAGAAACUCUCUCGUUUGUUAGACCGACAAUGCCUAAUAUUUUAGUAUUUGGAAAUUUUCAUAUUUUAAAAAAACCCGCGGCUUUACCGAAGGACUUGAAAGAAUUUAUAGCAGAUGCACCGAAUGGAUUUAUCUAUAUGAGUCUAGGCACAAAUGUCAUGACAUCAAUAUUUCCGGAGCAUGUGCGAAAUGCAUUUCGAGAUGUAUUUGCAAGCUUGCCAUACAAAGUUGUAUGGAAAUAUGACAGCGAAUUGUCAAAUAAAACUGACAAUAUCUAUACCGCUAAAUGGGUUCCUCAACAGAGCAUUCUCGCUCAUCCAAACAUUAAAUUAUUCAUAUAUCAAGGUGGACUUCAAAGUACAGAAGAAGCCGUUUAUUAUACAGUACCACUUUUAGGAUUACCAAUAGUAGGUGAUCAGUACAUUCAAGUUAACAAAAUGGUAUCUUUAGGAGUUGCAAAACGUUUAAAUAUUCUGGAUAUAUCAAGAGAAAAUUUGAACGCAUCCAUAAUAGAUAUAUUGACCGAUAAAAGAUAUAAAAAAAGAAUGCUCGAAGUUAAAGCACUAAAUGAAGAUAAACCUUAUGAUCCUUUGGAGCAUGUAAUUUGGUGGAUUGAAUUCGUCAUUCGUCAUAAAAGUGCUCCUCAUCUUCGUAGCAGUAUCGCUCAUGAACCUUGGUAUCAAAAAUACGAAAUGGACGUUAUAGCGAUUUUAUCAAUUGCCAUAUUUGUAACGUUAUUUUGUACACUAAUAAUUAUUUAUAAAUCGUUAAAAAUAAUAUUUAAUCUUAUGGAAAUAUCAGUAGUUACUAAGAAAAAGAUUAUUUAACU